UAGAUCGAGGAACAAAAAAACGGAACGGAUGUUAGUUACGUUUGUCUAUUUCAGUGGGAUGACUGCAGGUGCAACACGAUUUUGACAUGUAAACAAAACUAGCAAUCUGGCUUGCUAGCCAGCCAUCGCUAUCUCAGUGUUAUUUAUCUUUUUAGCGCUGAAGCUAGCCUUUAUUAGAAUGGAAAUAAACAUUUUCACAUCGAAUAUGGUGUAAAAGUUCAGCUAUGUCUAAUGGAUUACUGCACUAAAGUUUGUCUAGUUAGCUGACCAGCUAAUGUACCGUACAGUACUCUCUAGUACAAAAUGGUUUACCACAUCCCCUGGAUAUAUGUGCCGGUGCGGAGUGCCCUUGCAAUCUGGCACCAGCUGACAAAGUCUGAGAUCCCAGAGCUGGCCAAGGCCUCUGUGCUGAUGAGGGACCGCAGCAGAGUGGAGACGACUAUCCAGGCCAUGCACAGAGCCGGGCCUGACGCCCUCCAGGUGAUCUCGGACUUUGACAUGACCCUCAGCAGAUUUGCCUACAAUGGGACGCGGUGCCCCACUACUCACAAUAUUCUGGAUAAUGACCUACUUAUUAAUGAUGCCUGUAAGAAGAGGAUUAGGGAGUUGCUGAACAUCUACUACCCCAUUGAGAUCGAUGCAGCUUGCACUGUCGAAGAGAAGCUUCCUCACAUGGUGGAGUGGUGGACCAGUGUCCACGAGCUGCUUAUCCAACAGAAGAUCCGGAAGGACCUGCUGGCUCUGGCAGUGGAGCAGUCCAGUGCCAUGCUCAGGGAAGGCUACAGGGUGUUCUUCGACCAUCUCCAGCAGCAGCAGGUUCCUCUGCUGAUCUUCUCCGCUGGUGUGGGGGAUAUCCUGGAAGAGGUGAUCAGACAGAACCACGUCUUCCACCCCAACAUCCACGUCAUCUCCAACUACAUGGACUUUGACCAGAGCGGUGAACUGCAGGCAUUCAAAGGCCCGCUGAUUCACACGUUCAACAAGCGGGAGGGCGCACUGCUCCACGCGGCCCACUUCAGGAAGCUAAGGGAGCGGCCUAACGUCCUGCUGCUGGGGGACUCUCUAGGAGACCUCACCAUGGCCGAUGGGCUGGCCCACACUCAGCACACCCUCACCGUCGGCUUCCUCAACGACCAGGUGGGGGAGAGGAGAGAGUCUUACAUCAACUCCUACGACAUUGUCCUGGUGAAGGACGAGACCAUGGACGUCCCCAACGCCAUCCUCAACUACAUUGCCCCAGCGCCGGCCAAAUGAACGCGAACCCAAGCGAUUUAACCUCGAGUCAGGUCGUUGCUGGUUUUUACUGGAGCCAGCCAGUCAAAACGUCAUGACGGCUGAAUGGUGAUCACCAGCACAUGGAGAGGAAGAUGACCUCACGUUGACCUUUACGAAGCUGCAUGCUGUAUAGCACAACAACAACCCACAUAUACCUCAGAAAUAGGUCACGGUAGACUAAGAGAAAUGACCGGUAGAUUCACAAACACAGCGGGUCUGUUUUCUACAAGUAUUAAGCACGGGGGGAUAUGAGGCAGCAUAUCGUGCAACUCAAUUAUCUCAAUCUGCGGUGCUGCUCGUGGCAAAGUCAUGGUUACUGGAGUUUACCUUUUAAUGCAACCCCCUUGUUUUACAGGCGGGGUCGGUGCUAGAAAAUCCAGUCUAGUGAAGCCUCUUGAAUAUGUUAAUCCAGUGUCUGGACCUAUUUACCCUAUUUGUGUAUUCACCCAAAAAGAGCCCAAACGAAUCUGAUGGUUGAACUGCCGUUCAUCACAGAUAAAGACUCCAGUUUUCAUUUAGAGAAGUGGCUGAGUUAGAAUUGUUUAAGUUAAGAGGCCUAGACCUGUGUUUCUCAAACCUGCUCCUGGACGCCCCCCUGCCCUGCAUAAUUUAGAUCUGUCCCUGCCCUAACAUACCUGAUGUAGCUCAUGAAGGACUUGAAAAGAAGCUGAUCAUUUGAAUUAGGGAGAAAUCUAAAACAAGCAGGGCAGGUGGGCGCCCAGCAGCAGGGUUGAGAAACACUGCCCUAGUUCCAUCAUGGUACUGAAGAGUCGUGGGGCAUUUUGGCUGAGCUGACUUACGCACCGUUUACAGUUAAUUCACCGCAAACACGAAAACUAGUCUUACGCUAAAGAUAUUGAUUUGUGUGCGUCUACCUUCCAAACCUCCAUUUUGUGUCACAUGAUGUGACUGCUGCUCUGUGUACAUUUGACCAAAUGUAGUCUUUUACGUGUUUUAUUUAUUUAGUUGAACAAGUACUGUUACAAAGAAAAUGGUGACCUCUCAGGGUCACCCCGUGGGAGUUCAGUCGAAUAUUUUCAGUUGCAAGUGCUUUUGCUGUUGGUAAAGCGUGGCAUUGCAAUUAUAGGGAUAGUUUGUCUAGAUGUCAUAAAAUUUGGGUGAAAUGCCCUUUUUACCACUCUUUUUUGCAUUUCUUUUUAAUCUAGGUAUUGUCUGUACGUUGUUACUUUUAAACUAAUUGUCUAUACAAGGUAACAUUUUACUAUAUCCUCAAAAAAAAAUAUCCUCAUAUUGAACUGUUUUUCCUUUAACCAAGGAAGCCAUUGAGAACACAUUGUCAGUGGCAACAAAUGUCAAGACCACUGUCUGCUGAAUAUGAACAGAACUGUCAUUUAUUUUCUGUUUCUGGAUUUUUCAUUAGACUGCACCGAUAAUAACUUUCCAAUAUUGCCACCUAUUUGUAAUUUGUCAGUGGUAUCCAUGCAUGCAUGUUGAAAAGUUGAUUAGUCUCUGACAAAACGUUAUCACAUCUGAAAAAAAAUGACAACUGUAUUUGUAAAAAUUG